CUCUCAUAUCAGUCAUUCAUUCAUUCAUUCGAUCCCUACUCCUACUACUACAGUUCAAACACACGAAGAAUAAGAACCUUGCUACAAAUGGUCUAUGCCACGCAUGUACUUAAAGCGGGUCCCACACUUAUCAAGAAAAAGAGAAAUAUAAAAAUAUAGUUCUAAGUAGUAUUAUUAUAUAACAAAAAAAUCCACCCAUUAAAUUUGCCACAGAGCUGCUUCCUUCCUACUUUUUCGCCACCAUCUCUCUCCAAAGCUGUUGACGAUUCCGACUAUGUUGUCCGCCGAAAACUGGACUCGAGUGGCCAUGUCUGACGAUUCUCUGGUAGCCGACGCGCUGCUUCAGCUCCGCCACUCGAAACCCCCACCAUCUCCUGUCAAGCUGAAAUGGAGUGUGCGUCAACGGAGAUCGAAAAAAGGUGACCAACCGCGAGCUAGCCCUACCAGCCCUUUAACCUGGAGCGGUGGUGGUGGUGCUACCACUGUGGACGGCCUUGAGGAGUCCAGCGUCGCCGUAAAACCCUCUGAGACCUUUGGAUCUAAGGUUUUUCAAACGAGUGCAAUAACAAUAACAACAACUCUGUUUAAGAGAUCAAGGAAGAAAAAGACUUUGGGUGAGCUUAAAGAUGAGGAAGUCAUGCUCCAGAAGGAAAGUAAAGCCCUGAAAAAUGAAUUAGCAAGUAUGCGUGAUUUGGUGGAACAGCAAAGAGCAAGAAACAAUGCUCUUAAGAAGAUGAAGGCUGAAUCACAAUCUGGCUUGUCCUGCAAACGUGCCUUGGAACAAGGUUCCUUCUUCUUGCUCCCUGACCUAAACAUGCCACUAGAUACCGAAACAAGCCCUGAAGUUAUUUCCUGAACGACGAGCCAUAAGCAAUAAUAUUAUUCUUUUGUUUUUCCCAUCACACCCAAAUAACUUUACCACACCUUCCACAAACCUCUUUUUAACAGUUACAAUAUGAAGAAAGAUAGAUUGCCCCUGUAUAUCCUUCCUCAUCCGUUGGCCAUUUCCCGGGGCCGUAGUAGAAGAUUAGGCCUCAAGGGGGGAGAGUGUUUCGAGUUUAUGUAUCUUGACAUAUCUUCUUCUUCUCUAGCCGUUAGUAUGUUUUUUUGUUUGCUCUGCCAAGUGAUUCUUAUCUCUCACAUCACAUGAUCUACAUAGAUAUACACUUUUCUUAUUAUGUUUGUUAAGAUAUACUGCAAUGUAUCAAUAUGUAACUUCCAAAACGUUUUAUUAACUUGUAAUUUGAUUAAUGGAUUAUAUUAAAUGCUAAAUGAUGUUUCUCUCUA